AUGACGGCCACCAGGAAUGAUGACGCGCACGUGUCGACGCCGUUUUCGCUGAUAGAAGCGUCGCCGCUGCGGUCGCUGCGGUCGUUUCGGUUUACGCCGGCGUUUGCGCAGCUGUACCCGACGACGUCGGUCUUGAGCAAUACGUUUGCGCACCGCAUCGACCCCACCAAGGUGCUCUGUCCCUUUGAGCUGCACGGCGUGUGCAACGACGACCAGUGCAACUACCAACACGAGCGCGAGUACGCCGUGUCGGCGACGACGGCUCUGCACGACUUGGGCCGCCUGCACCCGCUGCCCGAGACGGACGCCGGUGCCACCGCCGAGUCCAUUGCGGCAACGUGGGUCGAGACCGUGCAAGCCGCAUCGGCAACCGCUUCAGACGUGCUUUUUCUCCGCGGGCCCAAGUUGCAACUCAAAGAGACGCAGGCCAAUCAAGCGUGGAUGGGCUUUACACAGAGCCUCCUCUCGCUGCGCAAGAUGGAGUACGAGAUGGGACUUGGGUACUUGGACGAGGACGAACCGCCGGCGCCGAGUCCGAGUCCAGGGACGCCGCGCAUGCUCCAACAGAGUCUUCGCGAGGACGAUGGCGACGCGAUGGACGAGGACGAGGACUUUCUCGCGCUGCCGCCGGCCGAGCCGGUGGCAAGCAUGUCAGGCCAGCGGUACCACGCCAAAGAAUACCUCCAGCACGCGAUUCACGACUUGGAGCGACAGGUGGCGCUCAACCCCGAGGAUGCCGACGCGUGGGUGUCGCUGUCGCUCAUGCACCUCGAUUUGGAGCUACCGCCGCACUUGGACGACGUCGGUGCAGUUUCGAGCGACGCGCACCUCCGCCACGUUCUCCAGGCCCUGCGGAGCCGAUUCCAGUUGACGUGUAAAGACGACGUGGCGCUCGACAAGACGCUUCACGUGCUCAGCCGCGCGCUCGAGGUCGAAGCCAACGUGUACAACGAGACGCUCUGGCGUCUCUACCUCGCCUUGUACCCGGACGACGCGACGCGCCAAGAGCUCGCGCAGGAAGCCCUUCGAUUCCUUCCUGCGUCCCGCGCGCUCUGGCUCGCCUUCUUGGAGCGCGCGCGCUUCGAGUCGGUCGGCGUUGCCCAAGUGUUCUACCACCGGUCGAUCGAGAAGCUGCUUCGGCACGGCGAUCCGCACACGAGCAGCGCGAUCGUGUAUACACUCGUGCUGCGGCUCGUCGCCCUCUACCUCGGCGCGGGCCAGACCGAGGCGGCCUUCGCGCUGCUGCUGUCGCUCCUCGUCCCGGAAAAGGCCGACGCCAAGCCGCUCUGCUUUGCGUCGUUUGAGUUUAACGUGUCCGAGUACUGCCAGCUCUGGCUGCUGCUCGUGCAUCUCGAUGCGUUUAAACGCAUGCCCGAGAACGUCUUGGAGAAGGCGACGGCGCUCGACUGGGUCGUCGUGCGCUGCGACGAGCGCCUGGCGUCGGACGCGAUGCUGGCGCUGGCGGCGGCCAACUUGCCCCAAGGUGCCUCGCUCUUUAACGCGGUGCUCCUCCUCAACUACAUGGUGCUGUGGCCAACGGCGCGCGCCGACCUACUCCCAGCGCUCCUUCAGGCGCUUUCUGCCGCGCCGCUCGACGACGACGACGCCGUGACGCUCCUGCAUCACGCCAAGACGAUCGUUGGCGACGACGCGACGUUGCCGACACCGGCGCCAACAUCACCAGCGCACAUGGUUUUCAGCAAGAACGCGUCCAGCGUGUACCCGCGCGGGGCCGCCGACGCGCCCGAAGUGUGGGCCGACAAGCAGCUGCUCUCGUGGGCCGACGCCUUCAUCAGUGGACAUGCUAGCGUGUUUACGGGCCUGGCGCUGCUCGAGUUUGUGGCGGCGAUCGCCGGCGCGCCCGUCGCGUCGCGGCAGCUGGACUGGCUCCUGCAGCGCCGCGAAGACGCGAUGGACGCGUGCGAGGGCGUCUGGAAGCGCUACUUGGCGUUCGCCGCGGACGACGACAUGCCGGUCGCGAGCGUGCGCGCGGCGGUCGACUGGUGUCUCUCGCCGCCGACACACUCGGCCGCGCUCAAGUUUAGCGUCUUCCAAGUGCUCCUCCGCGCGCUGCCGCAUUCGCUGCAUGCACCGCUCUUUGCGCGGUAUCUCUACGUCCUCGGCGGCCACCCGCCGUACCUCCUGGCCUUUGCGCGCACGUCGCUGACGGACCGCCACCGAAGCAGUCUCAAGCACGCCAUUCGUGCGUGCCUCGAGACGACGCACCCGGGCCACGCCGACCUCGUCGGCCUCGCAGUGCGCCUCGAGCUGCUGGUUGCGCCGACGCGCGCGUCGAUGCUUCGCGUGCAGUCGCUCCUGCGGGCGUCUCUGCAGCGCAACCCGGUCGCGGCGGCGCCGUGGCAACUCGCCUUGUCGCUGGAAAUCGCGCUCGGCAAGCACAAGGCGUACGCGGACGCUGCGGCCUUUCUGGCGCCAGCGUGGGCCGAGCGCGGCGUCGUCGUGCGCUCGCAGCAUCGCAGCAACGCCGAGUGGACCACCGCCUCGCUCAUUGACGUCUCGAGCCAGCGCCUCGUGCUACUGCCGCCCUCGCUCUUGAUGCUGGCGCACAUCUCGGAGCUGGAUCUGUCGAGAAACUGCCUCUUGGAGCUCCCGGACGCGCUCGGCCGGUCGUUCCCGCAGCUGCGACGACUCGACGUGAGCUGCAAUGCACUGCGCCGCCUCCCGGAUGCGAUCGGCCACCUCAAGUCGCUCGAGGUCCUCGACGUUGGCCACAACCACUUGACCGAGCUACCGCUGCUGCUGAGCCAUCUCACGAAGCUCACGACGCUCGAUGUCUCGUACAACCUCCUCUCGACGGUGCCGGCGACACUGCGCAGCCUCCAGCAGCUGCGCCAGCUCCGCGUCGCCGGCAACAGUGCGACCAUCGAUGCGUGGCGGCGCGUCUUGCCUGGCGCGGCCCUCGACGCUGGCAGCAGCUGCUCCAAGUGCCUCGACGGACGCCACACGCAGCGGCUCAACGACGUCCUCCUCUGCCCGCGGUGCAUCAUCCAAGCAAUGGCGCCCCUGCUCUAAAAUUAAUCGCAAAACUCUGGAUCCU